CUCUAUGACUGACAGCCUUGGGACUGACACCCUUGGGACAUGAAGUGGAUAUUGUUCUUUGGGGCCCUUAUUGGGCUCAGCGUCUGUGGCCGAGAAAAGUUUUCUGGGGACCAAGUUUUUAGGAUUAACGUCAGAAAUGGAGACGAGAUCAGCAAACUAAGUCAGCUAGUGAAUUCAGACAACCUGAAGCUCAACGUCUGGAAAUCUCCCUCCACCUUCAGUCGUCCUGUGGAUGUCUUGGUCCCAUCUGUCAGUCUGCAGCCAGUCAAAUCCUUCUUGAAGUCCCAGGGCUUAGAGUACUCAGUGACAAUUAAAGACCUGCAGGCCCUUUUAGAUAACGAAGAUGAAGAAAUGCAACACAAUGAAGGGCAAGAGCGGAGCAGUAAAAAAUUCAACUAUGGGGCCUACCAUUCCCUGGAAGCUAUUUACCAUGAGAUGGACAGCAUUGCCGGAGAUUUUCCCAAGUUGGCGACCAGGGUGAAGAUUGGGCAUUCGUUUGAAAACCGGCCCAUGUAUGUACUGAAGUUCAGCACCGCAGAAGGCAGGCGGCGGCGGCCAGCCGUUUGGCUGAACGCAGGCAUCCAUUCCCGGGAGUGGAUCUCGCAGGCCACGGCGAUCUGGACUGCGAGGAAGAUCGCAUCUGAUUACGGGAAGGACCCAGCCAUCACCACCAUCUUGGAGAAAAUGGAUAUUUUCUUGUUGCCUGUGGCCAAUCCUGAUGGAUAUGUGUACACACAAACUCGAAACCGACUAUGGAGGAAGACACGGUCCAUCAAUCCUAGAAGCCCUUGCAUUGGUGCUGAUCCAAACAGAAAUUGGAAUGCUAGUUUUGCAGGACAGGGGGCCAGUGACAACCCUUGCUCUGAGAUAUACCAUGGACCCCAUGCCAACUCGGAAGUGGAGGUGAAGUCGGUGGUAGAUUUCAUCCAAGAACACGGGAAUUUCAAAUGCUUCAUCGACUUGCACAGCUACUCACAGCUGCUGAUGUAUCCAUAUGGGUACACCGUCAAGAAGGCCCCGGAUGCUGAUGAGCUGGACAAGGUGGCAAGGCGUGCGGCCAAAGCUCUGGCUUCCCUUUCGGGCACGACGUACCAAGUGGGUCCUACCUGCACCACUGUCUAUCCAGCUAGUGGGAGCAGCGUUGACUGGGCGUAUGAUCAUGGCAUCAAGUAUGCGUUCACGUUUGAGUUGAGAGAUACUGGGCACUAUGGCUUCCUCCUGCCAGCCAACCAGAUCAUCCCCACUGCAGAGGAGACCUGGUUGGGGCUGAAGACCAUCAUGGAGCAUGUGCGGAACAAUCUCUACUAGAUGAGGCACUCUGCUCUGUCUCUGGUUAUUUCUCCUCAUGUACGCGUGCUCACUGAAGCCACGAUUAAAGGGAGCUUGUUCUUUCACGUGUGACUCAGAGCCCUCUGGCUUUGUGGGGAGCACAGGUCAGCCCCUCCUCAGCCCUCAUCCUCAAAGUUCAUGCAUUCUGGUGGUGCACCUCAGAGGGGCGUUCUUGCCA